GCUGCCAUCUUGGAGCCUGGGGCCGCCAUGGCGUCAUGGGCGCUGAGCGCCGCCGCGCUGCUGUGCCUGGGCAGCGCCCUCGCGUACUCUGAGCUGCACUCGCUGUCCCUCGGGGAGGGCUCCAGCCCGGCGCCGGGUCAGGCCACCGUGCCAGGGCCUCCGGAAGAGGAGCAGCCGGUCACGAAGGAUUGUGGAAUAGCACCACUUAGAGGCGCAGUGGAAGGGUCUCGGAUUAUAGGAGGUACGCAAGCUGACACUGGCGCAUGGCCAUGGCAGGUUAGCCUGCAGGUUCAAGAUGGUAACAUUCUUAUGCAUGUAUGUGGUGGUGCCCUAGUGAGAGACAGGUGGGUCCUCACAGCUGCUCACUGCACGAAAGAGGCUAGAGAUCCUCUGAAGUGGAGAGCGGUGAUCGGGACCAAUGACCUCACCCAGAGCCACCGCCACACCAGGAAUGUAGGAAUAACAGCCAUCAUCAUCCCACCAGAUUUCAUUAUGGAAACUUUCAUAAAUGAUAUCGCACUGUUCCGGCUAAAGAGAGCCGUGAGGUAUAAUGACUAUAUUCAGCCCAUUUGUCUACCUUUUGGUGUUUUCCAAAAACUGGACCAAAACACAGCGUGUUUUAUAAGUGGCUGGGGAAGAACCAAAGAAGAAGGCAAUGGCACAACCAUUUUACAAGAGGCGAAAGUACACUUCAUCUCUCGGGAGAUUUGUAACUCUGACAAGGGCUACGGCGGAAUGGUUCCCAACACUUCAUUCUGUGCAGGUCACGAAAGUGGAACCUUUGACUCAUGCAGGGGUGACAGCGGUGGGCCACUGAUGUGCUACCUACCGGAGCACAGAAGGUACUUUGUGAUGGGAGUCACCAGUUACGGACAUGGCUGUGGGCGGAGACAUUUCCCCGGUGUCUAUAGCAACCCGGACUUCUUCCAGCAGUGGAUAACACAGUAUUUAUCACAAGGAAACACCAACCGCCUGUUCAAUGUGGACAUGGUAUUUGGCCAGGUCCUCAUAGCCCUAGGUUCUGUCAUCCUACUAGGAGUAACAUAAGGAACCUCUGGGGCGGAGGGUCACUCUGCCCCUGCGGUGUCUACACCAGAAAACUGUCUGCUUGGCUCACUCUAGUGCGUCCACGUCAACACUGGGUUGUUUUUGUUUUUGUUUUUGUUUUUUUAACAAAAAGGAUUGUGACAAGUACAUAGUUGUGACUUUGGGCACCAAACCCCAUGUUUCCUCACUAAACCUUGAUUCAUAAUUCUGUAUUUGGAAUACUUUCCUAGGGGUUGUAUAAAAUAUUUGUUCACUAUGUACUUUAUGUGUAUAAAAACCAAUAAACAGCUUAUAAUUU